AUGGAAAGGAAAACAUUAGAAAGUGAGGCAAGCCAUGAAAACUCCAAGCAUACUCAGGCUGAUCAUGAAAUUCCAGUAUUAUACUACCUUUCCAGAAAUGGACAGCUUGAGCAUCCUCAUCUCAUGUAUGUUUCAGUCUCUUCUCCACAUGGAACUCUGCGUCUUAAAGAUGUGAUGAAUACAUUGAGUUUUCUCCGAGGUCCAGGAAUUGCCAACAUGUAUUCAUGGUCUACCAAGAGGAAUUACAGAAAUGGAUUUGUGUGGCAAGAUUUAUCCGAGAACGAUUUCAUUUCCCCGAGUAGCAACCAUGAAUAUGUCCUCAAAGGAACACAACUCAUAGAACCUUCAAGCCAUUCGUCCAAUGAGACAAUAUUAUCAAUGCCAAGCUCCAAAAGUUCCAAUGAUAGAAACAGUUAUAACAUAGAUGCUGCAGACUCCCUUUCUUCCACCAUGAAGGACUCGCAAUGCGAUUGCAAGCUUUACAAGGCAAAUAUAUGCAGGGAGUUUGCUGAAAAUUCUUGUAAUGCUUGGACACAGACCGAUGAUAUGAUAAAUAGGAACAGGAUGGAAAUGGAUCUGCAAGGUGAAAGGCGUUAUCCAGGAAAUGUUGCUGCAAGGAAGUUUGAUGAGAAUAGAGGGUCUUUGUCAUUUGAAGGGUGCUCUUUGGAAUCAGAAGAUAUCAGAAACCAAAAGACAGAGAAUGAACGUCCAAGUGGGAGGAUGAGAGCAACACAAGUUCUCAUGCAGUUGGUUAGCUGUAGAAGUUCUAUAGAGGAACUCUGA